AUGGAUACCAGUACCAGCAGUAGGAGGAGCCAUGAUUAUCCUCGACACGAGAACCCAGCGCGGUCACCAACACCACAGGGACAUACACACCACAGGAACUCGACUUCUCCCUCUGGCCUCUCAGUCGCCACUUUUCCAGCUCGAUCAGCAAGCAUCGAUGACACCCCAGCUACUUCAACAACAUCAUCCUCGCCCAGCUCUCCCUUCUCCUCUACACAAAACCCAUGGUUGCCCGAGUCAGCACUCCAGAACACAUCCUCUUCAUCUACUUCUACACGUCCUUCGCCCAUGUCGCCCUUUACACACCCUCUCGACUCUACCAGACCAUACACAACAAACCAGAACAACCACCCGUCGCCAUUGCAACGCAGUGGCAGUUUUCAGUGCCCUCUGCCUGGUCGCUGUGGAUCGGGGAUGCCCAUGACCCCAGGCGAGGAAAAGAUGGUCUUUGACAAGGGUCUCCUCUUCAGUUCUCACCACCGUCCCUCGACUCGGUCUGACCCCACGAACGAGGACUUUAGCGAACCCUUGCCAGAACUGCCGUCGAUGAUGGUGGACAGGGCAAGCUCAGACCCAGAAUCGAUCGCCAUCACCACAGCAGGAGGAGAGCGCUACAAUGGAGAGACGACAUCGAACAGUUAUCAUCAGAGCAGUGAUACGAACUUUUCUGAGCGUGAUAUUCGCUCAACGCCCAUCUACAUGCCUGUCAUCCACCACCCCUCGCCAACAACACCUGCCGCCUCGACCCAUUCUCCCUCCCAACGGUCGUUCACCCCUAGGACCCCUUCGCCCAACCCCUCAACUCUGACAGUUCAACAGCCACAUUCAGCCCAGACCUCGACUUCAUCACUCCAUAGUCCUCUUGACGACAACAGCAAUAGCACGCCUUGCUCUGUACCUUCGCUGUUACGCCCAGACUCUGUCAUUUCUUUCCCGGAUUCCUCACCCCUCAUGGCUCCUAACGUUCUUGCGGCAGUUGAUGCUCGUUUGAAAGAGUCUAACCGUCAAAAGGCUCUCGCGUCCUCUUUGGCGCAUCCUGUUCGCCCCCACCUACAACACUCUAGUACCUCGCAGGGAAGUGGCAGCAGUAGUAACGCCGCCUCAUCGUCAUCAUCAGCAGGACCUAUCUCGGGAUCUGCCUCUCCUUCUGUUUCCCCAUCGAUCAUUACUCAUAACGACGUCCUUCAGAGUUCAGAGUUGAUUCUGAGUCGCGAGCAGCUGUUUGACGCCCUGAACGGAGACGAUGAUGAUUACGAAGAGGAUGAAGAGCUGACCCAUCCAAACCCUAGAUUCGCCCGCAAUCAACAACGCUGGGGUGCCUCGUCUUCAAGGUCUUCGCUGCCACGAAGCUCAGCUUCGUCCUACAGGAGUGGCAGUGGAAUCGAGCUCAACACCAAGGUCCAGAAACCUGUCCCUGCCAAGUUGACUGCCAGUGAUAUCGAUUCUGGCAGGGGUUACAGCGGCAAGGAGAGGGAGUGGGUCAGCGCGGCGAUGGUGACCAAGGGUGGUGCUGACAGCAAGGAGAGGAAUUCGACACUGGAUUCGACCACGGAUCUUUCAUCGGCUUAUCCUCAGACGAGUAACUGGCUCGAGAGUAAAAACCGGACUAGCCGCAGGUGGCGCCGGACUUGUUGUGCGGUCGGGCUACUAGUUUUUGUUGCCAUUAUUGCCGGCAUCGCGAUUGGAUUCGUCUCCAGAAAGAACAAGGUCGAUGGACUUGCUCCUCCAACCUCCGUUGACCCAGAAAAGCCAACGACGGUGCCGGUGAUUACCCAGUUCCCACCAAACCCGAACCUGCACAAGUCCUUUUACGGCCUCGACUAUAACCCCGCCAAGACGAUCAUGCCCUGGUGCGGCGCCGGAAUCCAGGACGUUGUCAAUGAUAUCAACGUCAUCUCCCAACUCACCAACCGCGUCCGUCUCUACGGAAUGGACUGUGGACAAGCAGACCUCACCUUCCGGGCGAUCAACCUCCUCAACCUCAACUCGACCAUGAAGGUUGUCCUCACCGUCUGGGUCGACAACAACGCUACCACCUACCAACGCCAGUACGACACCCUCUUCCGAGUGCUCGACACGUAUGGUACCAACAUGGUCCAAGGGAUCAGUGUUGGAAACGAAGCCAUCUUUCGCAACGAUAUCACGUUGGCGGAUCUCGGCGCUCGUAUGGCGACUGUCAGGAGUGAGAUCAAGAAGCGCUAUAGUGCCAAUAUCCCGAUCUUCACAUCAGAGAUUGGCAACAAUUUGAACUCUACUCUUGCGGACGUGUCGGAUGAGCUCAGUGGCAACUUGCAUCCGUUCUUUGCGGGCGUUGAGGUCUCGAAGGCGGCAGAGUGGACAUUCAGUCAGUAUAAAAUCAAAAUUGAGGACAACCCUACGCCGAGUGGACUUAAUGGGACCAUCUCGGAAGUCGGCUGGCCCUCCGCCCCUGCUUCCGCCGUCAAUAUGCCAUCGGCGGUUCCAGGCAUAGCCAACUUGCAAACGAUGGUGGACGCGUUCAUCUGUAAAGCGAACGCGGCAAAGAUGCCUUACUACUGGUUCGAGUACAAGGACGAACCCUGGAAGAAUGAUCCCGAGUACCCUAUCGAGCCUAAUUGGGGUCUCUUUGACAAAGGUGGGAACCUCAAAGUCAAGAUCCCAGACUGCCCUGCACCCUAA